CGCUCCUAAAGCACGUGAUCUUCCUCUGUUCUCCGUUCAGAGAAGCGCCGAACUCCUCUCUGGUUCCGUCCGUAGGGCAAAUCCAUGGCUCCUGCUGUUCACCCUCCAUCUUCACCUGCACUCCCAAGCGAUUCGGAUGAGAGAUACGCAAAUGUGAAAUGGGAAGAGCUUGGAUUUGCUCUGACUCCUACGGAUUAUAUGUACGUGGCGAAAUGCCAAAAGGGAGAGAGCUUUUCAGAGGGCAAAAUCGUUCCUUAUGGGAACAUUGACAUAAGCCCUUGUUCGGCAAUUCUGAAUUAUGGACAGGGGUUAUUUGAAGGGCUAAAGGCUUAUAGGACAGAAGAUGGACGGUGUCGACUCUUCCGACCUGACCAAAAUGCUCUCCGUAUGAAAAUGGGUGCCGAGAGACUCUGUAUGGCGUAUCCCUCCCUGGAGCAGUUCAUCAGCGCUGUUAAGCAAACUGCGCUUGCCAACAAGAGAUGGGUACCCCCUCCGGGUAAAGGGACCUUGUAUCUUAGGCCUCUUCUGAUUGGGAGUGGUCCUGCCCUCGGCAUUGGACCGGCACCUGAAUUUACGCUAUGUGUAUAUGCAUCUCCCGUCGGAAGCUACCAUAAGGGGACUUCGGGCUUGAACCUCAAAGUUGAUCAUAAGAAUCAUCGAGCUCAUUCUGGUGGAACAGGUGGUGUGAAGAGCUGCACAAAUUACUCUCCGAUCGUGAAACCGUUGCUUGAAGCUAAGUCAUCGGGCUUCUCUGACGUCUUAUUCCUGGACGCAGCAACCGGUAGAAACAUUGAAGAGGUUUCUGCGUGCAACAUUUUCGUUGUUAAGGGAAAUGCUGUGUCUACUCCAGCCACUUCAGGAACCAUUUUACCUGGAAUCACCCGGAAAAGCAUUAUCGACUUAGCUCGUGAUAUUGGCUUCCGGGCUGAAGAACGCGUUGUUCCCGUGGAGGAGCUUCUUGAUGCGGACGAGGUUUUCUGCACGGGCACUGCAGUAGUUGUUAGAGCUGUCGAAACCAUAACCUUCAUGGACAAGAAGAUCGAAUACAAAACGGGAUCGGAAGCGUUGUCCACAAAACUGUAUGAGAUGUUAACGGGCAUUCAGACGGGUCGCCUUGAAGACACAAGAGGAUGGAUGGUUGAGAUCGAUGGCUGCAACGGUUAAAGAUCAUCUCAAGUUCUGAAUCUGUUGUCCUGUCUCUUUGCUGCAGUGUCUCUUUCUGUCUUGUAAGGCUGUGUAAGGUCUUGUCUAGGAUAAGCAGCCGCUCUUUAGUAAACUCAAGACUUCAUGAACAUUAUAAUAAUGCACGCAUGAAUAGCAAAGCGGCGUACUUUGAACAAUGGCGUGAAAUGGACUAAUCAUUA